UUUUUGGUGGAAACGGAGAUUUUCGAAUUGCUGUCGUGUGUUCAGGAUUUACCGGCUAUGGCGGCGGCGACCACCUUGUCUCCUCCAUGGGUCGUCCUGAGAAGGGCAGUGACGAUCUCCUCCCAUCUUCUCACAAACAGAAAAACCCUAAUUUUCCAUGGAUGUUCUAGCUCCGUUCCCGCUUUAUUCCCAUUCCGACAUUCCGCUUUGAGAAAAUUUCAUGUGGUUGAAGCCAUCAAGGGAGAUGUCGAUGUUUUACUUAAAGGUGUGGGAGACCAAGCCAUUGCUAAAGAAGUCAAACAUAUCCUUGAGAUGGCCCGACGAGCAGCAUCGAGAAGAGAAGUCCUUCACACAGAUUUUUUAACACCACCUAUCGUUAAGGAAUCGAUUUCGGUACUGAAAAGUCUUGCAGAUGUUAAAGCAAUUGCCCAGGGAGGUUAUCCUGAGGCUGAACGGUGUAGGAUCUCCAUUGGACACCCCGAUGUACUAACCAGUGAUCCAGAUAUAGUUGCUGCUUUGAGUGUCACGGGGAAUUUCAGCUUCCAGCCUUGUUCCCAUGGGGAUUUCCUUGGAGCAAUUCUCGGGACAGGGAUUGCGAGGGAAAAGCUUGGAGACAUCAUCUUGCAGGAAGAAAAGGGAGCCCAGGUCCUGAUCGUUCCUGAACUCGCUGACUUCAUUGUUUCAGCUCUCGACAAGGUUGGCAAUGUUUCCGUCUCUUGUACAAAGAUACCCUUGCUUGCUCUUGAAUACGAACCUCCGAGGACCAAGUCCUUCAAGACCGUGGAGGCAUCAUUGAGAGUUGAUGCACUAGCCAGUGCAGGUUUCAAGAUUUCUCGGUCUAAAUUAGUUGAUUUGAUUAGUAACAAGGACGUACGUGUGAAUUGGUUAACCGUUACAAAGAACGGAACCACUCUGAAAACAGGAGAUAUCGUGUCGGUCAGCGGGAAAGGGAGGCUCAAGAUCGGAGAGAUAAACACGACGAAGAAAGGGAAAUUUUCUGUGGAGCUCAUCAGAUAUCUGUAACUUGAUACAGAGCCAUGGGAGCACAAGUCUAAGGUUUUUUUAUGAAGAUGAGAAUGCUCUUCUUGAAGAUGAAGAUGAGAGAUUUUGAAUUAUGUUUUUUACAUUACACCUUAUGAAAAAACCGGUAUGUACAUCAUGAUCAUUCAUCAUCAUCAUCAUCAUCAUCAUUAUCACCAUCAUCAUUCUAUUCA